AUGCGGCCCAGCAGUAACGGGUUAAUGCCCAUAUCUUGGGUUACAUUGGCAGUGAAUUACUUUCUAACAUCAGUUUUCUCUUUCUCCCCCUCAUUAAAUGCUAGAUGUGAGUCUCUUGUGAUCAAGCUUCUAGGUGCACACUAUGCCAGUGUGUAUGGAGCUGCUGCUGAAGUUAUGGGCCUCAUCCUAAAGUAUGCGUCUCAGGAAGAAGGUUCAGUUGAUGCACUAGAGGAUGCAGUGGUUAAGAGGGUAACUGAAUUGACAGUCAGGAUGCAAGGGCAAGGGCUGACAUGUGUCUACAAUAUCCAUAAGCAUUAUCCUUCUUUUGUCAAGAGAUUGAUCAACAAACUCCUGAAUCUGCUGCCCAAGUUAUAUGGCAUCCAUCGCAAAAAUGUCCUGGAAUGCCUAAUUUCUCAUUCUGCUACCAUGGACGAUAUUUACCUUCAUCUCAAAGAGCAGAAUCUCCUUGAUAUCCUUUCAAAGAAAGAAGCAUCAACACAGCUAGUGGCCCUUCAGUUGGUGAAUGCUGUCAUGCCACGACUCACACCCUCACAGUUAUUGUAUUUUAUGCCAGGAGUGGUAGCUUUUGCAACUCACCCAGCACCUAGUUGUCGAGAAACAAUGUAUGAUGUCCUGUUUGGGUCUAUGACAAUUUCAGGUUCAGUUGAUGCACUAGAGGAUGCAGUGGUUAAGAGGGUAACUGAAUUGACAGUCAGGAUGCAAGGGCAAGGGCUGACAUGUGUCUACAAUAUCCAUAAGCAUUAUCCUUCUUUUGUCAAGAGAUUGAUCAACAAACUCCUGAAUCUGCUGCCCAAGUUAUAUGGCAUCCAUCGCAAAAAUGUCCUGGAAUGCCUAAUUUCUCAUUCUGCUACCAUGGACGAUAUUUACCUUCAUCUCAAAGAGCAGAAUCUCCUUGAUAUCCUUUCAAAGAAAGAAGCAUCAACACAGCUAGUGGCCCUUCAGUUGGUGAAUGCUGUCAUGCCACGACUCACACCCUCACAGUUAUUGUAUUUUAUGCCAGGAGUGGUAGCUUUUGCAACUCACCCAGCACCUAGUUGUCGAGAAACAAUGUAUGAUGUCCUGUUUUGGGUCUAUGACAAUUUCAGUAACAGUGAUACUGAAGAUGGGCAUCAGCUGGAAUCCCAAGCUCGUGGCGUGUUGCUUAGGGCAGUAAAGGAAGAGGAUGCUGCUCUCCGCCAGAUUGUUCUCAACUUCUGGUUGCAGGGUGCACGAAGUAUGACCUUAACUCAAUGCCUCCUUCACAUCCUGAGAAAGAUGUACAGCCCAGAGAGUGAGGACUCGUUCUUGCAGAUGGCUAUUUAUGUUCUCUUAGAAGCAACAAGGCACUCGGCAGAUUACCAGAGGAAUAUAUUUGACCAACCACUGACUGAGUGUAAAUUCAGGGAAAUGAAAGUGAGUACAGCAUGGCGUGCCAGGCAUGCAUCCAUGAUCCCAAUGUUUGCAGAGACUCAGGCAGGCAAUGACACUUCUUUAAACUCCCUGUUGUCCUACACACAAGGGAGUGAUACAGAUAUGGAAACUGAUGGUCCAGCGGGUGUGCAGGCAACGCAGGCAAAUGUUUUUUCUGCUACUCAAGCGCCUGGUGCCACUUACAACUGGGUCACGGAUUCAACUUUUGACACUACAUUGGCUGACAUGGAGUAUGAAGCCACUCAUGCUCCCACACAGGGAUCCACCUCUGGACUCAUUUUCAAUGUUGGAGCUUCAGGCCAGAAAGACAUGAAGCGUUUCAAGCGUCCAGGUAUUGGGAACUCCAGAAUGAGACCUGCAGAUGAACCUGAUGGUAAUGAUGCAGCUGAUACUAACCAGUCAAAGUUGAUAAGGAGAAGAUUUGUGAAGAACCAGGACAGGGAAAAAGAGUCUAUUUACUUUGCCAAAAUGGAAGAAAGACGUAGUAAACUAAGAGAGAAGUUAGAGAAGGAGAGGAAGCUCAGAAGAGAGGCCCAGGUAACAAUGUACAGGCAGUAUCGUGUUGGUGAGCUUCCAGAUGUCCAGAUUCCUCAUCGGGCUUUGAUUGCACCCUUGCAAGCACUCUCCCAGCGUGAUGAGAAGGUGGCUCGUUUACUGUUUGAAGUCCUUGCACAGGGUAUGAUAAAUAGUGCAGAGGCUACUAUGCCCCACAGAGAAGAGCAAGAGUGGAACCAGCAGUUGCAUGAAGCCCUUAACAGCAUCCUUAGUAGCAGUUAUAUGUGUUGCCCACAAAUGCUAAGGACAGUGUUGCAUUUGAUGAUCAACAAUGAUGUUAGGACUAACCCUGAGACACUAACAGCAGCUUGUUUGGGAAGUCGAAUGGAAGCAUUAGGCAUCUUGGUGCUGGAGAGGCAGGCUUUGCUGUCCAAGCGAGGAGAGGAGCCACACCCAGCGCGUAAGAAGAUGCGCAGAGAUGCAGAUGCCCUGUCUCAGGAUGAUGCCCUUUGGCUUAGCAUUGCUGAAAUGUACAAGAGUCUGAACAUGUGGGAUGUGGUAAGAGGAGUCGUGCAAGGAAAACUAGGAGCCAUAAAGGAGGAAACACAGAAGGCACUUGAGGCAGAAGCAACAAAUAGCCAUGUGAAGGCAUUCCUUCUCUAUCGCCAAUCCCUAGACACUACUGACUGGGAAGAGGAACCUUUGCCGGCAGAAAAUCGCCUUUGGGAGGAAUGGUAUUCCAAUUGUGCAGCCAUCCUUGGGCAGUGGUCGGAAUUGGAGAACUUUGUAGAAAAGCGGUUCUUGCAAGAUGAUGCCGGUGAAGUUGAUCUGAACCGGGUGUGGCUCCUUCCCAAGCCAACUGCAGCCUGCCCUCCCAGCCUUGGUCCACUCUAA